CGCUCAUUCUGCAGAAAUCUUGGACGCGGUCGCUUCUCUGGAAUCCUUGGAUUAAUUUGCUGAGGACAUUUUGCAAACUUACUUGUCCUGCCUUUUUCUUGGGAAAGGACAUCCAGUCGCUUUCUGAAGAUCUUGGACGGCUCCCAUUGAGUGGGAAGGUUUAUUUCAUUUUUUGCUUCUCUGGGUUGGAUUUAUUAUCACAAUUUUUUGCAUACUUUUUCCUUGUGGGGUCCGUUGUGGAGUAUAAUUACGUCAUGACUCUGGAGGAGCUAGUGGCGUGCGAUAACGCGGCUCAGAAGAUGCAGACAGUGACGGCCGCUGUGGAGGGGCUGCUGGUGGCGGCGCAGCGUCAGGAUCGCCUCACGGUGGGGGUGUACGAGUCGGCCAAACUGAUGAAUGUGGACCCGGACUGCGUGGUCUUGUGCCUCUUGGCGAUGGACGAGCAGGAGGAAGAGGACAUCGCGUUGCAGAUCCACUUCACUCUCAUCCAGUCCUUCUGCUGUGACAACGAGAUUGACAUCCUCCGCGUGUCUGGCAUGCAGAGGUUGGCCCAGCUGCUGGGGGAACCUGUCGAGACGCUGGGCACCACCGAGGCCCGGGACCUGCACUGCCUGCUGGUCACGAACUACCACACAGAUUCUUGGAAAAGCGAAGGCCUGGUGGAAGUUGCCAGUUACUGCCAAGAAAGUCGAGGCAAUAACCAGUGGGUCCCCUAUAUAUCCCUGGAGGAACGCUGAGGCCUUUCCACACACCCCCAACAAAGUCUAAGGCAACUGUUGAGUUGCUGACACCCUUAAAAAUUUAAAUAAAAUUCAUAUUUGGCUCCCUCCCUCCCCUGGAGGAAAACCCUGGCAAAGCCAUAAACCGCCCUUGACCGUGGGGAGGGACAGAGUCAGAGAGGAGGAGAGGGGAAUGCGAAGCUUCCCACGCACACACUCUGGGCUGCUUGAGGCUCCUGGCCGCCAUGGAGAGAAGAGGAAGAAGCAGGAAAUGGGGAACCCACGCCUGCAGAGCCCGGGCCUUGUGACCCCUGCGACCCCUGUACAGAGGCUGGAGAUGUGGGAGCAGUUGCCUCCCUCCCACCAGCGUGGAGAGUCUGGACUCCAAAACUACGUCAGGAGUGGGGCGAGACCCAGCGGCCCCUACCCUGUCUGAGGUAUUUGAACAGUGCGCUACCUGGUCAACAGAGGGUAUCCACCCUCAGGACUCGGGGGUCCGGAACCCGAACCCCGGAACUUGCAAACUGCGGAUUCUUAUAGACGACUAUUUUGUUACUUGUGACGGACAAGAUGCUUGCAGACUGAUACAUAGAUGUAUUUUUUUUUUUCAAUUCUACUACAGAGAGAUUGUAAUAAAGUGGUGAAGCCUCCUGA